AUCCUCUUUCCGCUCUCCUCUCUACUCUCUCCUAAAGGUGCCAGCAUUACUAUAUGUGUAGAAUGGAGACUUGUACUGCCGUGUACAGCGUGGCGACCGCAUUUGGACUCGAUGCUAGAGGAGAAUGACCGUCCAAAGAGAGACCGACAUUUGGCGCUUUUAAAUUACACAACUGAUUUUCCCACCCUUUAAUUCCCAUUUUAUUAUUUCCCGUUCUCUAUACUAACACGGUGUGUUUCGGUAACAGGAAGUAAGCCAGUCAUGAGCAACCACGAGGCUUGAAAGUGUUUGAUUGUGUCCACAACCAGCGAGGACAGAAAAGUAUUUCCCCGCCUUUCGACUCUCAAGUCGGCAUUCAAUGCUGUCGUAUACAAACUUUUUCGCCAUCAUUGUUUGCCUGCGCGCAGUUUCUAAGCGCACCUCUACCUUCGGUGCCAUAUUUUACUCGUCCCACUGUUGGGAGUAAAGCGCCUUUUCAACCACAAUUGUGUAACUAAUAUGGCCUCAAACAUCGAUCUGAAAAUGGAAUCCCAGGAAGUUAAGACUGGCCCUUCUGCUGACCGCCGCGAGGGAAAUAUUCCCAGUGGAAACGAAGCAAAGACCCAUCUAGCCGAGGAUGUGCAGGCGACUACACCCCCUGAUUCGGGUAAGAAGACUAAGGGAUCUAAAACCGACAAGAAGUCGAGUGGUAAACCUGGCAAGAAAGACAAAAAGGCCAAGUCUAGUAAGCCGAAGAAGGUGGCCCCUGAUAGCAGUGGGAACUCUUCUAGUGACAGCGAGGACGGGUUUACAAACUCAUCCUCAGAUGACCAUACCGAGACCGAGUCGGAGGUUGAAGCCGAGGCGGUCUUGAAGAAAAAACGAAUUCAGAAAAAACGUCAGGAUCCUCGAAAGUCUAAGAAGAAGUCGUCCAAAUCGUCCAAGUCAUCCAAGGCAGUUACGAAACAGGCUAAAUCGCAUACAAAAGCUUCUGAAGUUAAUACUAGCGACUCCGAAGCCGAGUUUGAAGAUGACUCAGACCCUGACGAGAAGGAGAACACCAGUAAAGCCUCCCUAGAACAAGAGGUUGCUCAGAUGCGACUUCAGGUACAACAGAUGCAGCGCCAGAUUGCCUCAUUCGCCAUUGCAAGCGGCUCUCCCGGAAUUAAUGGUCCUAAUUCUCUUAACCAGGGAGCUUUCGGGACAAACGGCCUUAAUGCUAGUUUGGGAGGAUCUGCAGGCUUCGGUUUGGGAGGUUUGAAUUCAGCCAACUUCGGUAACGCCGGAUUUAAUGGAAACUACGGCGCUACGCUUAACAUGCUUAAUGAUCCAUUGUCGAAUAUCUCGAAAGCUGUUCGCGGCAAUCGUGGAAACGGCCCGCCGCUAUCUGGCCGUGGAAGACGACCUCCCCCUGACGACUUACUAGAAGAGUUCACGGGAGGCGGGGGCCAAAAUAAGCCUACCAAGCCUAAAAAUGCCCGCAAUGGAAAGCCGGUUAUACAGCGCCUUGAAUUUAAACGUGUAGAUCAGGUCUGGGAUUCCCAGAUCCAUAACUACAAGCUUCAGGACACGGCUGAGAAUGCCAGUAACUCUCAAUACGAUGAGUACCUAUUCCAUGUUCGGAGAACUUUUGACUGGGAAGGCAAAUAUAAGACGACGAUAGUUGACAUUAAGAGUAAGCAACUUCGGGAAGCCCUUCAGGACGUUAUAGGUAGCGUGAAAGGUGUAAGUCUGGUCGAAGAGACCCCUAAGGUGGAUCCCAAAAUGUUGUUCUUAUAUCUCGAAGACAUGCGAGAAUAUAUGAAUAAUCUUAAGGAACUCGAACCCGAGGGGGACUCUAGAAAGGAACGUAAGAAGGUCCAAAAGUGGAUUGAUGAGAAGCGACGGCACCUGCGAAUACUCAUCAAAUAUCUAGACGCGGAUCAUGCAGAAACCAAGAAAAGUUUAUAUCCGAUGCUAGAGAACGGUCUCAUCACAUUUGAUCUCCUAUGGGCCCUGUGGAAGCCGAAUACACUCGCGUACACUACGACAUACGGCUCCGUCGACGAACCUCGCAUCUUUAAGGUAGAGGUUGCAGAGAAACAUUAUAGUAUUGUUAGGGGUGAAUUUUACUAUGUUGAGGGCAAGUACUUCGAGUAUGACGGCAAGCAAUUUGGAUACGGAAGUAUGUCAGAGGAGAUACAAGAGUUUCGUGGAGCCCGUAAAAUUACGAGCUUGGGUUGCUAUCCCCUUAAGUACCAUAAGAACGAAGUUCAAUUACGCAAGGACCUUAUCGAGCGUGGCAAGAAAUUCGUAGGACUCGGUGGCGUGCACUAUAAGAGCCAUCACGGUAUGGCCUACCAUAAGAAAAAGAAGGCCGUUAUUAAGGUCAAUAUUAACGGCCGAAUAAUGGUCGAUCCGGCAAUCCACCGUCGAAUCAACCCGAAUUAUCCCGUUUCUUUGGUCCGACCCAAAGACCAUGAUGUUCUAAGCGAUGAAGAAGAUAGUGACGAAGAGGAAGGUGGCUGUGGUUGUGAAUCAGAAGACGACGACGGGGGUGCCGAUGGUAUCGGUCUCGAGCAUAUUCUAGGAGAUAACGAGGAAGGAGGCAAGGUCAAGUAUGUGACUAAAGUGUAUAAGGACAAUAAGGGCGCCGUACGCACUGCGCGCAUCCCUAAGGAUCUUGUUGACCCGGAAACUCCUAAGGAGAAGCUAGACCAAGUACCUAGCAAAGGCGAAGAGGAAAAGGAUGCUACUACUAAAGAUAACGAGGAUGGUGCUGCAGAAGAUGGCAAUGAUAGCGCCCCACCGGUAUUUACUGACGAGGAAUACCUGAUUGCCUCACCAGUUGUUUUGGGGUUUGCCUUCGCCGAGAAGCUUUGGCUCGAGUUCACGGUCUCGGGUAUUAAAGAGAUUUCAUGGAACGAGCAUGCUUAUGAUUCUUUAGUUCUCCAACCUAACACGAAAGAGAUUGUCAGGGCCCUCGUCGAGUCCCACAAAUACCAUCCAGCUGAGAGCAUCGACGAUGUCAUCCAGGGCAAAGGCAAGGGACUUGUUGCCGUUCUUCAUGGACCACCCGGUACCGGCAAAACUCUAACAGCAGAGGGCAUAAGCGAACUUCUCAAAUGCCCGCUCUACAUGGUAUCAGCUGGUGACCUUGGAACGGAUUCUCGCUACCUCGAGGCAGAGCUGCAGAAGAUUCUCGACAUCUGUCACGCCUGGGGCGCCAUCUUACUACUUGAUGAGGCAGAUGUCUUCCUCGAGAAGCGGAAUAUGCAGGAUAUCCAUCGGAAUGCUCUCGUCAGCAUUUUCUUGCGUCAGCUAGAGUACUUCCAAGGAAUACUGUUUUUGACCACGAACCGUGUUCAGACAUUUGAUGACGCGUUCCAAUCGCGAAUCCACAUUGCGCUACGGUACGACGACUUGGAUACGAAAGCGAAGAAAGCUAUCUUCAAGAUAUUCGUUGAGCGUGCGCGAGCCGUGACAGGGACUGACUCGACACCAUUUGAAGAUGAAGACUAUACCAGUCUGGCAAGGCACAAUUUGAAUGGACGUCAAAUUAAGAACACGAUCGGUACUGCGCAGGCGCUUGCGGUCAAUAAGGGCGAGUCGCUCAGCAUGCGCCAUAUCCGCGAGGUUCUUAAUGUCCAGCAAAACUUUGAGCAAGAUCUCAAGGGUGGCACCGGAUAUCAGGAUGCCAUGCGUAGCUACUUUUAAUGGAAAUUCUUCUUAUAUUCUUUAAGGAUCGUUUGUACG